UGUAUAUUAAUAGGAAAAAAGAAGCUGUCUGAACUGCAAAUUAUUGACAGGUUAUCUGUGAGACAGACAGCCAUUUCUAGAAUGACUACAUUUUGGAAUGCAAUCAAAGACAAAAUGCUUUUUCUGAAGUUUCACAGCCAUAAAUUACGCAGGCCCUGGUGGAUUUCAGCAAUAGUAGAGGCUGCGCAAAGUCAAGGAGGAGGCCUACAGGAGCGGCGACCGCGACCUGUUCAGGCAGACCAGAAACACACUGAACCGAGAGGUCAGGAAAGCCAGGAGGUGUUACGGGGAGAACCUGAAGAGACACCUCUCUGCCAAUCCUGAUCCCUCAACGGUGUGGAAAGGUCUGCAGAGCAUCACGGGCUACAAGAAACGAACCCCCCGUCCUGUAGAGAGCCCAAGGCUUGCUAACCAGCUAAACAAGUUCUACUGCAGGUUUGAUCGGUCCUCCCACACAACGGGACCUCCUGCAGCACAAUCUACAUUCUCACCUCUCCCCACAACUGCUCUGUCCACACCUCUAUCAUCGUUGUCACCCACUCACUCUCUUGCAGAGGCCGCGCCCGCACUCCAGGUCCGCGAGGAGGAAGUGCGCCAGAUGUUCCGGAGACAAAAGACCAGGAAGGCACCGGGCCCAGACGGCGUGUCACCUUCCUGCUUGAAAGUCUGCGCUGAGCAGCUGGCGCCCACCUUUGCACGGAUCUUCAACCGUUCUCUGGAGCUGUGUGAGGUGCCCUCGUGCUUCAAGAGCUCCACCAUCAAUCCAGUGGCCAAGAAGCCCGCCAUCACAGGUUUGAAUGACUAUAGACCCGUCGCACUGACAUCUGUGGUUAUGAAAUCGUUCGAGAGGUUAGUGCUGAACCACCUGAAGGUGGUCACGAGCCCCCUGGUUGACCCCCUCCAGUUUGCCUACCGGGCAAACAGGUCAGUGGAUGAUGCGGUCAACAUGGGACUGCACUACAUCCUGCACCACCUGGACACCCCAGGAACGUACGCGAGGAUCCUGUUCGUGGACUUCAGCUCGGCGUUCAACACCAUCACUCCUGACAUCCUCCAACAGAAGCUCAUCCAGCUUGCGGUGCCUGCCUCCACCUGUCAGUGGAUCACCAGCUUCCUGACCAACAGGAGACAGCGUGUGAGGCUGGGGGGCAUCACAUCUGACACCCGGACCACCAACACUGGAGCUCCUCAGGGUGAUGAGACUGCGUACAGACAGGAGGUGGAGCGGCUGGUCCACUGGUGCAGCCAAAAUCAUUUGGAGCUUAACCCGCUCAAGACCGUGGAGAUGACAGUGGAUUUCAGACACCUUCAAGUUCCUGGGAACCACAAUCUCUCGGGACCUGAAAUGGACCGGCCACAUAGACUCCGGAAGAAGGCCCAACAGAGGCUGUACUUCCUGAGACAGCUCAAGAAGUUCAACCUGCCGCGAGAGCUUCUGAAGACCUUCUACACUGCCAUCAUCCAGUCUGUCCUCUGCACCUCCAUCACUGUCUGGUUUAGAUCGGCCUCCAAACAAGACAAGCACAGACUACAACGGACAAUCAGAACUGCAGAAAAGAUCAUUGGAAUCAACCUCCCAUCUAUCCAAGACUUGUACCUGUCCAGGACCAGGAGUCGUGCAAGGAACAUCUCUACAGACCCUUCUCACCCAGGUUGCAGUCUGUUUGAACUACUCCCCUCCGGACGGCGUUAUAGAGCUCGGUACGCCAAAACCAGCAGACACAGAGACAGUUUCUUCCCCCAGGCUGUUGCUCUGAUGAACUCACACCACUCAUAGAGUCUCAGAGACAUUACUGUGCAAUAACAUCCUGCUCUUCACACCUUUUUGAAUUUGUCUACACUGUUUUUGCCAUUAUUCACAUGUCCUGAAUGUUGUUAGUCACCUAAAUGUUGAACAGAGGGUGUGUUUUUACCGAAGUCAAAUUCUUUGUUUGGCACGCUCAAACAUGGCGAAUAAAAACUCUUGAAUCUUGUUAGACAAUCGGAAACUAUUGAAGUCUAACAACAUAGACGUUGCUACUCUAAAAUUAUGUAUCUAAUAACUAUAAAAUAAAUAAGUUUAGCGAACCAUCUGUGUCACUCCAAAUUAUAAAAUCUCCUGACUCUGGAAGUCAGUGAAUGGAACUCAUUGUCAGUGAGGGUCUAAUUAUUCCACAGCCAUAGUGCGCCCUCAUGCGGUUUAAAGUGAGAAUAACAUGUGAAGUGAUUAACUAUACUAGUAAGUCAGUAAUGUGUUAAUGAUCAAGUAAAGAUUUGUGAAUAAUUCGACAUAAA